AGUUGUUUGCAUUUUGCCACCCAACACUAAACAUGGGUGCAUUUACAGUUACAGCACCCAUUUGCCAUCUUCUUUCUCCCUCCUCCUCCUCACCCCCAAACCCCACCCUAAACCCUAAUUCAGAACCCCAUAUUCCAAACCCUAGAAAAACCCUAUUCACAGUGCUGCAACCCAUCAAUAUCUCUAGACCUCCUCCUCCUCCUCCUCCUCCUCCACUGGCAAUUCAGAGGAGGCACUUGUUGCUCUUCUCUCUCCCCAUUUCCCUUACACUUCAUUUCACUUCAUCUUCUGCCUUAGCAUAUUUCGAUCCGGUGAGCCCGGCCGAGAGAGACGCCAGCUCCGUGCUCUCCCGGAGAGUCAACGAAGCGGUGGAGUUGCUUGAGAAAGGGAGGGAAUUGCAGGCUCAGGGUGAUUUUAAUCAUGCUCUCCACUUCUUCACUCAGGUUACUGAAAAUUACAAAGAUUUGGCACUCUCAGAUUAUGCACGAGUAGGAAGAGCAUUAGCCUUGUAUGAGGUUGGCGACAGAGAAGAAGCAAUCACAGAAAUGGAAGAUGUUUCCAUAUCUUUGAAAGGAUAUCCGGAAGUGCAUGCAGCUCUAGCCGCAGCCUUAUACGUGGAUAAGCAUGCUGCCCUGCUUGCUGAGAACCAGUUCACAAUCGCAACUCUUCUUGAUCCUCACUAUACAGACAUAUCUUAUGUCAAAGAAACUAAGCAUUGGCCUCCAAGUUUGGUUAGUUCCUUGCAACAUUUUAUCACGCUUUCCUAGUGCUUUGUAAAUAUUUACAUGUUACCCAUUUGAUUUACUAUUUACAUUGGUAAGACAAUGUAAAUGUUAUAUUGGCCUCGUUUGGAAAGUGGCUAUUUUAGUAGGCUAUUUUAGUUUUUGGCUAUUUUAAGUAGGCUAAAA